AAGUAACCAAAAAAAUAAAUAAAUAAAUAAAACAUUUAGAUUAAUGCCAACUUAAAGAAAAAAACACUUCUUAAUUUUCUGUCACUGAGUUGGUAUUGAAGUGCUCGAUUGUGCGAAGCGAUGCUGUAGUUAAAACAUGCAACGUUAAGCAUUAUGCCGUAUAAUGCGCUCUAGUGUUGUAAUUGGAAAACUACCAUAAAUGCCAAACAAGUUUGCGAAUAGGCCGGCUCGAUGAGUAAUGCGGAAAAGGCAUAAUAAUUUAACAGUGGCAACAACACACUUUCCAAAUGUCAUUGUCAUGUCAUGUCAUUUGAUGUCAGAUGGAAAAACAAUGUGUGAGUGAGCGAGUGAUAAUAGAAAAUAUGGCUAAGUCCAAAAGUUGAUUAGAUUAUUUAUUAUUUAUCCAGCAAAUUUUAUUAAAAAGUAACCAUUGGCUUACAUUGCUUGUUUUCAAAAUGACCCAUGUUGAGAAACGUCAGCCGCGUCCUGGAAAAGAAUCCAUACAUUCGGGUCAUUUUAUGGUGUCGCACUUUGAAGCUGAAGCUCAAGAUGAAUUCGACGACUUGGCAGUUCCUGUCCCUGACGAGGAGCAGAAUGUGCAAAAAGCUGCAGUAGUAGCAACUUAUGCGGUCCCUGGAUUAAAGGAACAAUUUCCACCUUUUGAUAAGAAGGAGAAUAAACAACAGCUUUCUAUUGAAAUAUCUCUCACAAAACUAUUCAAAUGCAUGACUCUUGCUUACAGACAAAAACUUACAUCGCCAAAAUGGAAUCGUUUCAAAGGUAUAAAGCUCCGGUGGAAGGACAAAAUCAGACUGAACAAUGUUAUAUGGAGGUGCUGGCACAUGCAAUUUAUAAAGAAGCAAAAUACUUUGGUGUGCCAGUUCGCGUCGCCGUUGGAUGUCGACACUCACGUGAAACCAGAGACAACCAUAUUGGAAGGUAAAUAUUGGAAAAGAAGAGCCGAAGCAGUAAUAGCAGAAUAUAAAAAAUGGCGCAUGUUUCAUAUAAUGCGGCUCCUCGGCAAGGGGGAUACCGCGGUACAGGACAACAUCUCAGAUAUGGACACUGUUUUGUCGUUCUCGCAAUGCAGCGACUUGGCGGAAAACAUGCUCACGGAUGAAGACUACCUGAACUUUAUGAGUGACACACUGUUCACGACUAUCACUAACCACCAGCCUUUCGCCUUUCCCGAUUGCAGGGAGAUUGCGAGGGGCGCGAGCUUAGCUGAUUUCAUUCAGCCGAGUCUAGGGCCUCUGCAGCCGAAUCUUGAUGAUUUUAUGGACACAUUAGAACCGCUGCAAGAGCUUUUUUCCGCGACGCCGCGAUUGCCGCCAGUGCCCGAAGAGAGCGCGCUUCCUUCAGAGGAUUCAUAUCGUAGCGGUAUGUCCGUGGAUACGUACGGACAGUCGUACAUUGCUAUUAGUCAAAGCAACGCCGUUACCAUGCCUACCAGCCAAGGGUCUUUACAUGGAGGUACAAGUAGCAACACUCAGAUGAUGGUAUCGGGGGAUAGUGUGAAGAGCGAACAGUUGCGCUACGAAAGUGCCAGAAUGUUCGGCCAAGAGAUGCCAGCCAUGAUGUCAGAGAUGGGCGUUUAUUCUUACGACGACGCGCACAUGCCAAACGUAUUCGCCAAGCGGAGCCAACCGACCAAAAUUGUGCCGCAAUCUGAACCUUAUUAUAAAUACAAUACGGGCGUGCCGCCAUCGCAGACCGCUCCGGAAACGGUGACAUUACUCCAGCAACCAGUUCAGAAUCCGAAGUACACUUCCAUAGGGGCGGGGCGAGGAUACUCGGCGAGAGAUAAGCCCCGCCUGUCUCGCGGUGCGCACUACGGCCCGCAGUAUGCUGCCGUGAGCUACGCUCCGCCCGCCCCAGGGCCCGCGCGCCCUGUAGAGCAACGGCAAUCGUCUCCGCAGCUACAGUACUUGCAGCCAGCGGAAGGGUACAAACCGAAGCCGCCACAGAACAACACGCGUCCUUUUAAGAUGCCUUCGCCACCAUUAGCGCCGUCCCCUACGCAGCACCAUCCGUUAGCGAGUGUGAACUCGCCCGCGUCGGGAUCACGUCCUCAAGAGCAGUACAGAUCGCAUAGUUUACCGCUGGGAGCUCAUCUCAAUGCUGAUUGGUCGCUGGCGGCCCCGCCCACUACCACGCCCCCCUCUCAUGAACUGCAGAGACGAGACCACACGCCGAGGCCGCGCGAAAGUACAAGCAGCGUACGAAUGCGAUCUCGAUCGACAUCCGGGGGUGUAGGGGCGGGGGAAGGAGGGGGAGGGAGACUACCUCCACCCCUCAACAGCGUGGCGUCAGAGCCAAGUCUGCCGCAAGCGAGCGUCAUGCUCGCCCAACUUCUGUCCGCUCAGCACUCUAAAAGCUCAUAUAAGCUUAAUAGUAGUACAGAAGAAGGCCUACUAGGCACUGACCCCACGAGAUCACCCAUUAGGAAAGGUCAACCGUCACCUAUUGGCAGCGACGUCAUGUCACCACAUCAAUCAUUAUCGCCGCCCACGUCGCCGGGCUCGCCUCGCGCCGGUUCUCCGCGUGAGCCGCGGCGCACUCACUUGCACGCGGAGCAGAAGCGGCGCUACAACAUCAAGAACGGGUUCGAUACCCUGCAGGCGCUAAUACCACACCUCAACGCGAACCCAGCGGCUAAGAUAAGUAAAGCAGCUAUGUUACAAAAGGGAGCAGAAUAUAUAAAACUGCUAAAAGCAGAAAGAAAUCAAAUAAAAGAAGAAAUGGAAAGUUUGAAACAGCAAACGGAAAGCUUAAAUAAUUCUAUCUCCAACUGCCACUCGAUGUUACCGGCGACGGGAGCUCCAGUAUCGAGAGCCCGCGCCGGCCGCCUUCGUGAAAUGUUUGCGAGGCACGUCGCCAAUCGCACCAUGCACAAUUGGAAGUAUUGGCUCUUUAGCGUAGUAGCAGCGGCGCUAGUGGACUCGUUUAGCGCAUGCGUAUCCUGUGGAAGCGGCGCGGAUCUGGUGCGAACCACUCUUCUAUGGGCCGAGCAACACUGCUCGCUUGUCGAGAUGAGACCCGCGGUGCUAAACUCCCUCCGAGUGUUGUGCACCACUACGGACAUCCUAACGAACCCCGAGCGGCUGCCUGAAGAGGCGCGUCAGGCAGUCGCUGCCAGCGCCGGCGUCAAAUCCGAGCCCACGUAACCAGACAUUAACCAACACAGCCCUCUACCGGUCAUGGUGAUGAACAUACCUGAGGCAGAGAACAACUAUAGAAAACUCGUAAAGUUUGAAUACUUAUUUCAAUAAAGCUCUAAUACAUUUGUUCCUGAUUUUCUCAACCCUAUUUUCAAAUCUGGAACCCCCGGUCCACUUACGAUUUGCACUCCCCUUGGUUACAUUAUUUGAAGAAAUUGCGAGAAACACUACGAAAAGCAUAAAAUGUUGUGUCUACUUCACUGUCGACCACUUCCAACGACAAAUCUACGUAUACUGGGCGGUAACACAUAUCGAAUUGUGUUCCUAAGAAGUUCUUGUAUGCUUUGUUAAUUUACGUCCACACGUACGAAGUACAUUCGUACACGCCUUUACAUCUUUACACGGGCCGUACUUAUUUAAAUUGCUUUUUGUAUAAACAUUAGUCGAGCUUUGGAAUAUUAGAUACAUUGAUUACGUCCGUCAAACUUGGUCAAUGAAUGGUGCCUUUCUAAAUAUAUGUAUAUAUACUAAUUUUUAAAUCUAUUUAUUAAAGAGAGUCUUAUUUAACAAUCUAACUUCUGGAUUUACUUAAAAAUAAAGCAACUCUUUAAAUAAAUAAUAAAUCCAUUAAACGGAAGUGGACCAUAUAGUAUACCCUAGGGAGCAAGGGCAGAUCACUAGUGUAUUAAAAUAAGAAUCUCUUAAAUAAACAGACUAAUAGUUUACAGACUAUAUACGUAAUUACUAUACCACGUAUUUUAUCUAAAAUGAAUUAUUUUUACAAUGUUUACACAAUUAAAUCAAUAUAACAUUAUUAUGCAAUCAAUAUUAUUUAUUUCCUCAAAAAUAUGAAUAUAAAUAUUAUUAGGUAUUAAGAGGAACAUCAGUCGUACGUUUCAUGCUAAGAAAAUUAUAAUUGAAGGAAAUUGUUGUAAAAAGCAUUGUAUUGUUGUUGAGGUUGUUAUUAUUUGAAUAACUGUUCGCACCACACUGGUAGGGAUGCACGCCUUAGUUAUAAAUUGUUGUUAAAUAUAUUUAAUAAUUAUUAUUUUAACAGUUUGGUGCAGAGCUUUUAUGUAUAAACAGAAAGUACCUAAAUAUAUGUUUUUUAUGUCGUUUACUACCUAUAUAAAUUAUAUCUUUCAUCUAUUUCCUAUAUCUAUUUUUACUAAACUCGGACUUUAUAAUAUACUAUAUUAACAUUAUAAUAUAUUAUAUUAAUGUACAUAUUAUUAUACUCAUUAUAAUAGAAAUUGGACUUCUUUAGCGUAGACUAGCUCUGAACCAAGACUGUGAUAUGUACAAAUUAUAUCUCAUAUAGAGUUGUUGAUUUCUUGCGUGUUACUUAUAUAUUUCAUGAGGAGUACUAUGUGGGUUUAUUGCAGGACUUUUGUAUUGUUGUGACUUAAAUUGAAGUGUUAAUGCUUCGGCCAUUGAAAAUAUAAUCUUGGAUAUUACAAAUAAAACGCAACUGUCAACACACACGAGAGAUUAAAUAGCAAAAUGCCAUCUCGAAUAUGUAAGCCAAUGGUCCGAAACUCGAAAGAUUUUUUAAUUUGUUAUAUUCUAAUUUAUUAUGAUACAUAAAUUCAAGCCCUGGCAGAGGUGAAAUUAUAUGUAUUGAAUAAUAUGAAAAUUGUAAAUUAUUAAAGCUGCAUCUUAGCUGAAAAUGCAUUCUUUUAGAUUUCUUGCAUGCAUGCAAUGCAUUAAAUGUUGACUUUGAAAUAGUUUAAGUAGGUCAGGAAACGGGAUACGAUAAAGCUUUUUAUCGAGUCUCAACUGUCAAACUCCACUGUAGUCUGACAGUUAAUGCCGAUAUAUCGCUUUAUCAUAUUUCGUUUCCCGUUUCGGUGGUCAUAUUAGAGGUGCAGGUAUACUUUGCUUAGUAUUUAUUUUAAAAAGCUUUCGAGUAUUCGGCAGUUAGCGAACGUUUUAUUUGUAUUUUCUUUUAUAGAGAUAUUAAUUAACUUAAUGUGCGAAUUGUUGGUGUUCACUAAUUGUUAAACUGAGCCGAAUUUAAAAGUUUCUUACUUAACGCACAAUCUAUAUGUGUAGUUUUUAUGAAUGUUGUUGUAAUUUGAGCAUUUAUAUUAAUUAUAUAAGUUGCCUUUAGACCUUAAGGUGGCAGAUAACUUUACGCGUUAAGAAACUAAAAUAAAUACAUUCGUCCGCGAUAUAGAUUUUUUUAUAAAUAAUAUUAACUUAAAUAAUAACAACAAAAAGUACCUGUUUGGCUUUGAACAAUAUGACGGUAGCUCGAUGUCCAAAAUAUUAAUUAAAAUCAACAUGCGUAUACAGUAUCAGGCCAUUUAUAAGUCGCAUCGUGCUUUAGAGGGAGGUAAUCGGCUAGCUUCGGCUCUCCGUGUCAUUUUACUAAUCAGAUUCUAAAUUCUCAAUUCCUUCCAUAUCACUAUGUGAGCUCUCAACCUCGCCAUCGCUGUCACUUUCGCUCGUAUUUAUAUUAUUAUAGCCUAUCAGUAAAAUUGUCUAAAUGAUGUUCAGUUUAUCGAUAUUAAUUUUCACAUUUUAUUACGUGUUCACAAUCACAAACAUUUUUCCACUUCUCAGCUCCAAUCAUGUUUACUUUUUCAGUCAAUAAAUUUUUCACCAAAUUCAAAUUCAUAUCUACAUUUCUAGAGGCUACAUAGCCUUUUUAAUUGAGACCAUAUAUUUUCAAUAGGAUUGAAAUCCGGGUGAUGUGGCGGCAAUCGCAACGUAGUGUGCCCAUGUUCUGCAAGUAUUUUGUCUACGGAAAACUCUGUAAAAUUUUCCUUGUGGCGACAUAUAAUAGCAUAAAUCUGUGGUUUGUCAAAUUUGGAUCAACUGGAAUGUUAUAUGUGUUUAACCAGUUUAUCAUUUCCUGUUUUAAAGUGUUGGAAUUUGGGGGUCUUUCUACAUAUUUAUUAUGAAUGAUUAGCGAAUGUCGAUAACCAGAACGGAGUUAUUGGGUAUAUUUGGUAUUAAUUGAUUAAGCAGCCAUUUCGCAUAGUUUUCAUUAUUCAUCUCUUUGUGGUAAUCGCCUGUGGUAUCUGUGGAUUAAUUGAAUAUGUUAAAGAAGCACCGGGAACAAAAACUUUUUCGUCGCCUGCAUGAACUAUUAUCAACCGUUGACCCUUUGAAAUUGGCUUCUUUACUCCUAUUUUUUUUAUCAUCAAUCCAACUUUUGUCUUUUGUGUGGGAUGUAUGUAUGUAAGACUCAUCCAUAUAAAUUAUUUUUCUUCCUUCAUUGCGAAAAUUGCAUUUUUUAUCUUGGUAUUCAAUUCGUUUGAGUUUUACAUCAUGUUUUUCCUUUAACACUUUUCUGUUAUCUUCCAUUUUAGUGAACCGAAAUCCCAUCUCUAGAAGAUUUUUUAUCAACGUCUUUUCAGAUCCAUUAUAGUUAAUAAGCCUCAGAUAAUUUGAUUUUCAACGAUUUAAUUGUCAGCAAUUCAUUAAAUCUUAAGUGAAAAUAAUACACCAUUCUCCGAACAACAUCAUAAUCAAAGUCAUCUAUAUCCAAACGGUGUCGCUUUUUUUGUUGCCCUUUUUUGGGAGUACUAAACUUAAAUGAAGUGGAUGGUGCAUCAAUAUCAGCUUCCUCAGCUUCAUUUUAUAUAUUUCUGACAGUUUUUCUUGAAAUUCCAGUAGCACUCGCAACUCGCUCUUGAUACUUCAUAAAAUAAUUACUGCCAUCAUCAUCCUUAAUUUUUUUACUUUCUUCACGAAAUAUUUAUAUACAUUGUAAACAAUUUCGCGAGACUAUCCGUGCAAAGGUUUCCCACUUUUUAUUUUAGAUGCCAUGAAUAUUUUUUUGUUGUUGGUUUUAGCAACUCUGUAUAUAUAUUUGAAGAAGAACGCGACUGCUCUUUAGCGACGUUAAACUAUGACUGACAAGUCAGCGACUAAGCGUCAGGUUGACAGGGGUGACAGAGACGGCGCUAUACGAAGCCAAAGCUAGCCGAGUACCUCUUUCUAAAGCACGAAGUGACUUAUAAAUGGCUGGGUACUGUACACGGUCUUUGUUUGAUAAUAGUAAUUAUGUUAUUUAAUAGUCUUCAUAAUAUACUUAUCGUAUAUGUUGGUAUACAUAGUAUACAUAAAGUGUCCUGAUUCAGUGCCUUUAAUACUUACUUUAAUUUUAAUAGCCUACAUCGAGUUAUUUUUGCCAAAGAAUUAUAGCUAAUUUUAAACAUAAUUGAGGUCUUAGUACAUUACAGCAACUCAACUUCAACUCCAAUUUAACUCUCGUAUCGAAAUAUUUAAUUAAUUGUACGCUUCGAACAUUGAAAAUUUCAAAACUCCAACUUUACCGUCAUAUAAAGAUCCCAUUUCAAUGCAAAAGCAUUCGACUUUAAGUCGAAUUAGUGCAAUCAGGGCUUGUUUACCGGUUAAUUUUCAAACCUAAAUCAGUAUCAAGUACAUUAGGAGCGUUUUAUUUAGGAUUGGCUCUACCUUUGAAGCAAUUUAGCGGUUUUUUAAAGGGUUUCAUUUCGCUCUUAAUGACGGCAUCGCCUUCGCCGUUUCAAUUUAAAUUUAUAAUGAUUUAAUGUCAGUUUCUUUCCAACUACAGAGCGAGUGAGUGAAGUAGUGUGUCAAUACACAACUACAAAAUGAAUAACUUGACUCACCUGACGCUAGCAAACGUGUCAAUAAAUCGAGCCGUUACCGCCAAAUUAUCGUACACGUUUCGACAAAAGUGU